AUGGCUCAGGAGGGAGGAGACCCGGAGGAGACCCAGGACACAGAGGGAGGAGACCCGGAGGAGACCCAGGACACAGAGGGAGGAGACCCGGAGGAGACCCAGGACACAGAGGGAGGAGACCCGGAGGAGACCCAGGACACAGAGGGAGGAGACCCGGAGGAGACUCAGGACACAGAGGGAGGAGACCCGGAGGAGACCCAGGACACAGAGGGAGGAGACCCGGAGGAGACCCAGGAGACAGAGGGAGGAGACCCGGAGGAGACCCAGGACACAGAGGGAGGAGACCCGGAGGAGACCCAGGACACAGAGGGAGGAGACCCGGGGGAGACCCAGGACACAGAGGGAGGAGACCCGGAGGAGACCCAGGACACAGAGGGAGGAGACCCGGAGGAGACCCAGGACACAGAGGGAGGAGACCCGGAGGAGACCCAGGACACAGAGGGAGGAGACCCGGAGGAGACCCAGGACACAGAGGGAGGAGACCAGGGGGAGACCCAGGACACAGAGGGAGGAGACCCGGAGGAGACCCAGGACACAGAGGGAGGAGACCCGGAGGAGACCCAGGACACAGAGGGAGGAGACCCGGAGGAGACCCAGGACACAGAGGGAGGAGACCCGGAGGAGACUCAGGACACAGAGGUAGGAGACCCGGAGGAGACCCAGGACACAGAGGGAGGAGACCAGGGGGAGACCCAGGACACAGAGGGAGGAGACCCGGAGGAGACCCGGAGGAGACUCAGGACACAGAGGGAGGAGACCCGGAGGAGACUCAGGACACAGAGGGAGGAGACCCGGAGGAGACCCAGGACACAGAGGGAGGAGACCCGGAGGAGACCCAGGACACAGAGGGAGGAGACCCGGAGGAGACCCAGGACACAGAGGGAGGAGACCCGGGGGAGACCCAGGAACAGAGGGAGGAGACCGGAGGAGACCCAGGACACAGAGGGAGGAGACCCGGAGGAGACCCAGGACACAGAGGGAGGAGACCCGGAGGAGACCCAGGACACAGAGGGAGGAGACCCGGAGGAGACUCAGGACACAGAGGGAGGAGACCCGGAGGAGACCCAGGACACAGAGGGAGGAGACCCGGAGGAGACCCAGGAGACAGAGGGAGGAGACCCGGAGGAGACCCAGGACACAGAGGGAGGAGACCAGGGGGAGACCCAGGACACAGAGGGAGGAGACCCGGGAGACCCGGAGGAGACCCAGGACACAGAGGGAGGAGACCCGGAGGAGACCCAGGACACAGAGGGAGGAGACCCGGAGGAGACCCAGGACACAGAGGGAGGAGACCCGGAGGAGACCCAGGACACAGAGGGAGGAGACCCGGAGGAGACCCAGGACACAGAGGGAGGAGACCAGGGGGAGACCCAGGACACAGAGGGAGGAGACCCGGAGGAGACCCAGGACACAGAGGGAGGAGACCCGGAGGAGACCCAGGACACAGAGGGAGGAGACCCGGAGGAGACUCAGGACACAGAGGUAGGAGACCCGGAGGAGACCCAGGACACAGAGGGAGGAGACCAGGGGGAGACCAGGACACAGAGGGAGGAGACCCGGAGGAGACCCAGGACACAGAGGGAGAGGGUCCAGAAGGAGAGGGUCAAGAGAGGGAGAGGGUCCAGAGGGAGAGGAUCCAGAGAGGGAGAGGGUCCACAGUGA